GUUCACAUGAUUAAUUUUCUAUAUACCCAAAACAGGGGAAAUGUCGACAGUUCCAGCAAAAAGUUCGCCUCGAGAUGCGCAGGUUAUGGCGGCUAUAUUGAAAGAUAUGGGCGUCACAGAGCAUGAGCCAAGACUCAUAAACCAAAUGCUAGAAUUCACUUAUCGUUAUGUGACAGAUGUUUUAGAUGAUGCCAAGGUCUAUUCAAGUCAUGGCAACAAGAAGGCUAUAGAUACAGAAGAUGUACAAUUAGCUGUCCAGUGUAGGAUGGAUCACUCUUUCACAACACCUCCACCCAGAGAUCUACUGCUGGAGAUUGCCAGACACAAGAAUUCAC